AUGAUGCAUUAUAAACUAAUAUUCUUAUUUUGUUCAGUGUUAAGUGGUAUUUACUGUUCUGAUACAAGUUAUGAUUCAAUAUCUGACGUUUAUUUAGAACAUGAAUUGAUUCCCAAUGCUGGUUUCACCAAACGCAGUUCUAUUCUUGUCAAUUUGGAGUCUAGGAACGAUGUUGUAUCUACUACUACUAUUAAUGAUUCAGACAUACAAUUAUUAAAACAAUUAGCAUCUAAAAAUGAACUAUACAGAUUAAAAGUCACCGUUAGAACAUUGUCUGGCAAAGAAACACGUUUUCUCACUUUUACUAGGGCAUGCCUUAUAGUUGGGUCUAAAUUAAAUGAUAUUUUAACACUACAUUUGGAUCAUUUAGACUCCCCAUUUGCGGUUAACUUAGCUACUACAUCUAACAACUGCAACAGUUUUAACGAAUUGGACACAAGUAACUUUACAACUACAGUAUUUUUCAGAAGACCAGAAAGCAGUCCAGUUCCCGAUACCGCAACUUAUAUUCAGAAGAUGGAACGUGAGCGUGACGCCAGGGAAAAAGGAAAAUCAAGCAAUAACAAAUCAAUGCUCGGAAAAUAUUGGAUGUAUAUAUUACCAUUAGUCAUAUUUAUGAUGAUUGCUGGUGCCUCAAAUCCAGAAGCAAGACAGUAA